CAAUCUCGAAUGAAGAAGCAGCAGCAGUGAAUUUUUCGCUCCAAUUUGCAAAAACUUUUGAGAAAAUUGUUUUCCAAAAUCGAGUGAGAGUUUAAAAAGAAUUUGCAAAAACGCUGAGUGCAUAAUAUUCGUGCAGGAUGUGGCCGCAAGCGUUGCAAAUGACUAGAGAUGAGUGUCGAGGCAUUUUGAGAAGACUUGAGCUGGAGUCGUAUUCGCAUGUGAUUAGUGUGUUUCGCGCUCAGGGUGGACUCAGUGACAACAAGACCAAACUACUUGAGGAGUUGCGUGGCAUAUUUCACAUCUCGCAAGAACGUCAUCGCGCGGAAGCGCGUCGGGUCGCAAACGAUGAACAAUUGUGCACAAUAGCAGAAGCAAUUUCGGGACCAAACACUUGGCAGGAAUGGUCGCGUGAAGGACGACGGUCUUACCCGAUGUUGCCGCGUGUCGCGCCACAAACAGCACUCGCCUUAAUAGCAAAUAAUGUGGCCACAGAGACAGCGUCAGAAAACGCAAAACUACCUUAUCCUGCUGACACGGCAGCACAAGCUGCUGCUGAACAUGCCAAUACCGUUAAUGCAAUUAGUGGACAGGAAAGUGCUGCACCUUGGGAAAUAAAACGCGAAGUCUACGUAGUCACAGAUGAUCCUUUCAAAAUGCCAGAUAUUCCUGUUGGUAACAAGAAAAGUCUUAAGCGUAACAUAUCCGACAGCCAUACUGGCAUUAACAAGAAACGCAUUGUUAGCGAUUCAUCGCCCAGCAAACAGCAACACCAAAAACAGUUUCAUCAUAUAACAGCCAACAGCGCCCAAGCUACAUCACCUAGCAGCGGCGCGAGCAAUAUCCGAAAAUUAUAUCACAAUCAUAACAGUAAAACUGCACAGAACCGAUUAAAUCAACAACAAUUGCAAAAGCCAAAACUGGCCAUGAAAAAAUCAGCGGUGACAGCAGGCGCUAGCAUCACAUCACCUCUAACGCCUGGUAAGCGCCAGGCGACACCAGCUAAAAGUGGUCGUAAAUCGAAUUCCAAAAUGCAAGAACAAAAGCAGCAACAUAUAUUACAGCAGCAACAAGUUCUUGCUCAAUCCCAACAGCAGCUGCAGUCGCAAACGGUUGUUCGCCAUGUUCCACAUGUGGUUGGUGAGAGGGCAGACGAGUUGAAUAAUGAACAGAGGUAUGCACAACCACAGAUUGCCGCUUCAAAGAAGGAUAUAACCAAGAACCUUACUAAAUUACAAUUGCCAAGUGUUAUAACUUCUCCGACGACGGUGACGGCGAGCGCAGUAUCACCAACUGCGAUAACACCACCAAUGGCGUUAAGCUCGCCAUUGGCUGUGAGUGCUGCGUCUGCUCGUAUUGAUGCUCAUCAAAUAAGUACUGUCAUAUCACCUGUUGCCAGUGGUGGUAUGAGUGUCUCAAUUCCGGCAAUGCCACAUAACAAAGUCGAUAAACAGCUUAUUUCAACUCCAGUGCAAAAGAUUAUUCUUGAAGAUCGUCUUCCGCCACCGCAACCACCGGGUUCAUUAAAUUCAGCAGCAGCAGCAUCACUGGCAUCGGCGGUUGUGUCAACAGCAUCCACAUUACAAAUACAAUCCACAUCGACAUCUCAGAUCAUGACAUUGCCACAGAUAUCAGCUGCUGCAACUAAACUGCGUGCAAUUAACACAACUAUUUUACCACCCGGCACAAAACUUACAACAAAAAAAUUGUCAAGCUCUACUUUAAUCAAUGCUGCGAGUAUAGGUACACAUGGCAAUGAAAACAACAAUGAAGGUAACAGUAACUCGAGUAAUACACUAACGGUGCCUGCUGUUCCAACACAUACACCACCUGCUAUCAUACAAAUACAAAGCACAAACAGUGGCAGUAUGACCAAUGAGGGUACAGCAACGAUAGCCACACCAACCCUACAGUCAGCACAACAACCGGCGCAAGGUAAGGUGCUGACAACGAAAUUAUUACCAAUAGUGCUUAGUGGCACUGGUGCUGUGGCUGGUAGUGGUAGCGCCGCGGCCACACUUAGUGGCGGCGUUAACGCCGGUAACACUGUGAAUAUUACGAAAAUCGAGACUCUCAAUAAUGGUGCCACACUUGUAAGUGCCGCAAGUGGUGUUGGUGGUAACAAUCCAAAUGCGUCAUUGAGUGGCACUACCACUAUGAUAAAAAAUAUGGGCUCAACGCUUUUGCUCUCACCAAAUCAAAGUAGUAGCACUGCUGGCAGUGCACUCUUUUCAACAUUGACAUCAGGUGCUUCGGUCUUCCGCAAAUCACAGAUUAUCAAAACGGGCACAAUUGGUGUGAACUCAGGUAGCGCAGGAAAGCUUUCUGGCACAUUUAACACUUCCAAUUCUGGGCCACAAAUUAUCAGCAAUAUUAAGUUGACCCCAGCUAUUACGACAAGUGUCACGUCUGUCAGUCAUUCGAAUCAACACCAACAAUCGACCACAUCAUCAUCCUUCUUACAACAUCAGCUAAAAAAUAUAUCAACGACAGGCAUACGUACCAGCGUAAAAAUAUGCCAAUCUCCAAACGGAAAAGUGUUCAUACAAUCCGCAAAUGUGGAUGGGGCAUCAAAAGGGAAAUUGCAAGGCGCUUUCUCACAUAAAAUCCUUCCCAACGCAGUGGUCAGUAGUAGUGCGGCAGGCGCAGGCACAUCAGUGACACAUCAACCUCAGCGAAUUGCCAUACAGAAAGUGCAAAUCAUACCAGCGCCACUCAAUUCGCCAGGGAACUUAACAAGCCCCUUCCAUACGGCCACUACACAAUCCCAUUCGCAGUCAAAGCCAAGCACAACAACAAAUACCAUAACACUCAGUGGCAAUAAAAGCAAUAUGAAUAUGGUUUUCGUGCCGUCGGUUGGUGGACGCACAACAUCAGGCACAAUAACGCUAUCAAAAAGUGCGAACGUUGGUAGUGGUAUUGUUGCUAGCAAAGUAAAGCAGAGCUCCCAGAACCCAGACGCAGCCAAACCGAAUGUAGUAAUAAUUGGUUCAUCGUCAGCACAGAGUGGUUCGGGUGCCCCAAUUAAGACAUCAACCUUUAUAGAUGGCAACAACAAGUACAAUAUAACUACCCCAGUGUCCACUGGAAGUGGUAGUAAAAUGCAUUUGGAACCUAACCAAAUGAUUACCGAAGAUACUCCAGUUGAUAUUCUCAAUAUGCCGAUUAUAGUGGAUAGUGGCGAUGGUACAAAUAUUACAAUGGGCAAUAAUAUCGGCGAUACAGUAACAGUAUUACCAACAUCGCUCAUCGAAAGUGCACAGCAACAGCAACAGCAGCAGCAGCAGCAACAACAACAGCAACCGUCCGCAAUAAUUUUGGGUGCUACCGAUUGGGAAAUGGAAUUAGAUCAAGCAACAGCUGUCGCAGCUGCAACUAAAGCGGCCGCACGUACAGAUUAUAGUCGACAGUCGAGUGGUCAUGGUGGUAAACAAUACAAUUCAAUGAGUGAUUCGCAUAAGCAACAAAUGCAUGACAAGGAAUCGAUUGAUGGCGAAACUAUUAUUAUUGAUGAUAGUUUCGAGGAUGUCAUUGUGGAGGAGCAGGAAGAGGGCGAUACCGAUGCUGGUGCUGAAACCGAGGGGACGGUAGACGGCGAAAUGGACGAGGGUGAAACAGAAGAGGAUACAGGGGGCGAAGAGGGCCAAGAAAUGACCGAAAAGGCUUACACAAUCUUUAGCGGUAACGAAAGUGAGGGCGAGUUGUUACCACCAAGACCACGAGAUACGGUGAAGCUAAAAGUGGGACAAUUGGAGAAAACGUACAAUACCAUCACUACCGCCGCUAAUAGCGAUGAUGAACCGAUAGAAGUCAUUGACGAUGACGAUGACAAUGUAGCCGUCGCUGGUAAUCAGAAACUCUUUAGACGUAGUCAAAUGGAAAGCGACAAGAAUGAGAGAAAAUUGAAUGCAGCCAAUGUGAACAACGGAAGUGGUAAUAAUAAUUCGGCUACCGUUGAAUGUGACACAGAUGCAGGAUUUGAUGAGACUAUUGUUGCCGAUAUUGACGAGAACACUGCAAUUGAAUAUAUAGAAGAGGAAAAUUCUCAUGUAAGCCAUGCUGCGCAAAUGCAUGAAAAAAUUGACGUAAAUGAUGUAGAUGAUAUUUCUGUAAAAGCUACGAAAAGGCAAUUGGUUGAAAAUGAGGUAAUCGUACUGGACGACAAUGACGGCGCAGCGCUGAAGACAACAGCUACGCUUGCCACUGCGGCUAUGGCAGACUCAGACGAUGCGAUGGAGGAUGAAGUCCUGGUGGAGUCUGACACGUCGAAGGGCGUUAGCGGAAGUUCUCCGGCGACGAUAAAUGUUGGUGCAGUAAAACCCGCUCCACUAACCGUUAUCAAUAGCAAGAACGUAGCGGGCUUAGAAUAAUUGGGUGACGUUUUCGUUAGAUUACAAGUGGCAGCCAUAAAUAUAUAUAGCAAUGGGAAGAGAAGCAACCGCUGUAAAAGAAUGCGAAAUUUAUUUAAUUUAAACGUAAUAAUAUUUCAAACAAACAAUGAAAUGUAAAACUAGCAAACUGGUGAAGAGAAUUAGUGGAAAGGAAAUUGAUAGAGGUUAAUAGGGACAACAUAGGAUUACACCAGAAGAUGAUGUAAAGUAUAAAAAGAUUGUCUAUUAAUAAACAACCGGUUUAGUAAAAGUAUGUAAGGGCUGUAAACAAGUAAAAAUGCAUUAGCAAGAUAUUUUAAAAAUACUACUAACUCAAGUAGGUUGGAUUAUAGUUUAUAAAUAAUUUACAGUUUUUGUUUGAAGAAAAGUUUUUAAAAUAUUUUUUUUUUUUAAUAAAUUAUUGUAUUUGUUUUUGUGAAUUUUUAGCUUAAGUAAUCUAGCUUAUCUUAAGUACUCACAUGUUUUUUUAUGCGCACCCACGACGAAGACCUUAUGCAAUUUAUAUAAGUACCAGUGGUAAAAAUACAAAAAAAGAAGAAAUUUUUCUCUAAGAUGUAAAUAGUAGAUAUGUUUAGGUUGUAGUUGUACUUCAACAAAAGCGGUGAAAGGUGAGGUCAGUGAACGUAGUAAAAAUACCAACCGCAGCCAAUUUUUAAACUGUAACAUUGUACAUAUAAAUAUUUUGCAUGUUUGGAAGAUUUUCACUGCACUGUUUUAGUAAUGUGUAUAAAAUAUACACAUUUUCAUAAAAUUAAUAAAAACGAUCAUACUUCAUUUGUUAAUAUUAAUAAAGAUUGUCACAUACAUGCGUACAUUAGCAUCCAUGUACGUAGAUACACCAUACCUAUAUAUAUGACAUUUGUUCAUAUCGUCGAAGCUCACAGCGAGAUUAUAGAUUAGUACUUGAUAUUUAACUUUAAUUUUUUUUUCUAAUGCGUUAAUUACUUUAUAUCCGAUUUGCAAGCAAUUUAAAGAUUAAUCGAUUUAGAGUAGACUUAUCUAAUGUUGAGUGACACAUAUAAAGUAAAUGCAAUAGAGCGUGCAUAGAUGACUUGCAGGUGGGACAUUUGCUGUUCUGUUACAUUGUUUAAUGAUCAACGAGAUCAAUUGACCAGUUUUUUAGGUUAGCUUACUAGUGUAAAAACAAGGAAUAUAACAAGUUGAAAUUGGAAAAUUUGGUUAUUAGUAGCUUUUUGAAGAAACAGUUAUCCUAGAGUAGCUACUAACGAAUCUCCUGAUUCCAAUAGUUUCUUUUGCUUCCGGCUUAUUUUACUAGAUUUAUGCAGCUAAAUUUUUAAAUUCAAUAUUUUUAUGAGCAACUCACUUGAAAUGUUAUUACUUACCCAAAUUAACUCUCUUAUGAUAUGCGUUAACCCAUUAUUCAUUACUUCUGCACAGAAUAUCUAGCAAUCUAAGAUAUGCCUGAACUCUCAAGCCUUCUUUUUUGGUUUACUUAAAUUGCAAAUAAUUUGCACUUUGUACGCGUUCUCACUUUUAACUGAGCAGUUAGCAGCUAAAUAUAACUUAAAAACGCGAAAAACAAAGUUAUAUAAUGAAGCUAACGUUUGUAUGUAUAGUAAAAUAAAAUAAAAAAGGAAAUGAAAAGGACAAGAAAUAAUAUUUAAAAAAGAAUAAAAUAUAAAAAAACACGUUCUUUAGUGGUAGUGAGAAAAAAACUAAUACAAGCAAAUAUACAUACAUACAUAAAUACAUACAUAAUCUAUUAAUUGUUGAAGAAUACAUGUCUGUAAUGUUUAUCUUUAAACCUUUGCUAUUAUUAAAACUACAUAUUAUAUUUUUUGUUUAUUGAAUUUAUUGUGUAGAUUUUAUCAAAUAGAACAGUAAAUAUUUGAAUAAAAAUGCCGUUUUGAAA